GUUCAAUCGAAGUGACAGAGAGUGCUGGAAAUCCCACACUGUAUCAAAAUGUUGUGGUCAAGCAACGGAACAUGUCCAGAAGCCACAGAAGACAAAGGCUGUGCCCCAGACUGCUUUCGUGUUAAGUUGCGGACAUGAGCACUGUGUGCGUUCACUGCGCAACCGUGAACGCUACUCCUGCCCGCUUCUGUGCAGAAUGCGGUUCUAUAUAGAGGGCUCCGACCAACGGACCUCAGGCAGACUCCGAAUCGGAAAUGUCGUCAACGACUGAAUCUGGAGGAGCUCAGAUUUUCUGGAGGAACAGGAACUUUUAGAGAAAAUGGCAGAAGGAGAUAUCGUGUCGCUGGCGACGGAUGGUACAUUUCGACUAGACUUUGGGAACUACGUUGUCCAAAUUGUGGGGUUGCUGCACCCCACCUGUAGUCUUGGCAAGGUGAGAUCAGGGAAGGGUGGCAAGGGUGAGGUGGAAUUGCCGCGCACUAGCUUCGCUCCUUUGGCCUUUGCUCUCCUGGAGUCCGAGAAGACGGACAGUUGCGUGGAGUUCACAAGGUGGUACGAGCAAUGGCUUCGCGUCUAUUCUCCAAAGGCGCAUGCGAAACUCAUGCAGUGCAGCGUCACCAUCAAUGAUUUCAAGGAAUCUGGAGAGCGAGCCUUGCGCGUCUUGUGCGCAAGUCCACCGGUGCAUCGCCAUUGUGCUGUGCACAUGAUCCGUAACUGUACUCAAGCUGGGUACACUGGAUGGAAGAAGUUACGCUCGCACAAAGCGGCCUCCACCUUGAGGCAAUACCUUUUGCAUUUGCAACACGCUUCCAGCUUGGUGGUUUUUGACAUGUUGUCGCGCCAUUUGCUACUGCUGGUGCGGCAUGAGCUUGAAGAAGCAGCCUCUCAUCACUUUGGGGGAGAGGGAAGGGUGCGAUGGCUGUAUGGUUGUUCAGUUGUUCUUAUUGGUUUUGCUUCUCGCCCGAACGGACGGCAGUCCAGAAUGCGGCGGCAAAGUAGUAGUCUAUCUCAAGCGUUUUUCCCGCAAUGAUAAUG